AUGGCGGAAGUCAUCGGCCUUGUGGCAAGCAUUUUUGCCACUGUCCAGAUCGCAGACCGAGUCAUCUCCCUAUGUAAACGCUACAUAGAAAGCAUUCAAGACGCACCAAGCGAUCUGCGGACUAUUCUCAUAGAAACCUCAUCGGUCAAGGCUAUCUUAGAGAACGUGAAGUUCAUCAUUGAAUGUGACAACGGGCAAUCGAAAAUCUUCGACAGCUUGAAUGGUCCGUCCGGCCCCGUCGACGGUUGUCAUAGGGCUAUGAAAAGCCUCGAAGGUCUGUUCCGUACAGAUACUACUUCGACGCAGGGUCUCAGCAGGUCUAAAAAGCUAAAAGGCCACGCACUUGUCACGAUUGCAACUCUAGCAUGGCCGUUGAAAGAGAGUAAAGCCAGGAAGCUGCUGCAAGAUGUCGCAACAUACAAGGACACCAUAAUGUUGGCCUUGACCGCCAACACUGCGCACCGUAUGCGUGACAUGGGUCAGAGAACAAGCCAGAUUCAAGAGGCUGUGUGGGAGUCUAAACGACGUGAACUGUUCAAAUGGCUCGAAGAGAGUGAUCCCUCUUCCCUACAUCACCGAGCACAAGACAAUCAUGAACCCGGUACAUGUGACUGGGCAACACGCCUUCCCGAAUGGCCUGAAUUUCUGAGUGGCAAACAGCACUGCCUCUGGAUCCACGGCAUCCCAGGUUCCGGAAAAACAGUUCUCGCAUCCCAGCUGAUUGACAAGAUUGAGCAACAUUGCAAAGUGUCAGGUUCUGAAAGACUUCUGAGCAUUUGGUAUUAUUGUUACUUUGCUCAUAAUCAGGAUGAAUCUGCUUCUCUGUUGAAGUGGAUUCUGAGUCGCCUUUGUCGCACGUCGAACGAGAUCUCAGACCAUCUUUGGAAGCUUUUCAGGGAUGGAGGGGCGCCGUCUCUAAAAGAUCUUCUUGUUGCCAUCGAGCGGGCGCUUGAGCACUUUGACGAAGUAUACAUCACAGUCGAUGCUAUUGACGAAAGCAACCCUCGCGAAGACUUGCUCAAAGUCAUGCAGAAGUUAGCAACCGACGUCAGAUUCAAUAAGAUUCGACUGCUACUCACGAGUCGAGAGUACUUCGAUAUUGAGGUCGUGAUGGCCGAGUUUUCUACGCCAAUAUCCAUGAAGAAUAAGUUCCUGGAUGCCGACAUCCGUCUAUACACAGAAUCACGUCUUAUGGCAGAGAAACGCGUCAAAAGCUGGUCAGCAGAGCUUCAACAAGAGACUAUUGAUGCUUUGUCGAAUGGAGCGCAGGGAAUGUUUCGGUGGGUUGUUUGCCAGAUUGAUGCGCUACGGCGUAUCAGGAAUAGAGAAGCCGUCAGAAAAGCUUUAUCUAGGCUGCCUAAGACUCUAGAUGAGGCUUACGACAGAAUAUUCGAGCAGAUCGAAGAGGAAGACUUUCCUUAUGUCAACUCCGCCAUGAAGUGGCUAUGCUUUGAGUUUAAGCUGCACUCUGGCGCAGCAGCGUGUGUUGACAUGCAAAUGCUUGUUCAGGCCGUCGACGAAGACAUCUGUGAAGACAACCCCGAAGGGGAAGAACUGUUCUACGACGCAGAAAGUCUCCGUGAGAUUUGCGGAUGUCUUAUCACACUCAGGCCGACAUCACGUCAGAGGUUCAAUGUGUCAUUCGCGCACUACACUGUUUUGGAGUACUUGGCCUCCAGCAAAAGACACAACCCCGAUCCAUUCUUCACGUUGGAAAAAGAUGACCUGGUCCUCGAGAAAGCCGAACGGAUAUUUUCAAGAGCUAUGUGCGUUAGCGAUGAUGAAUUCGAAGAGUAUCAGGCUGUGACGCGGUCUGAAUAUGGUUAUCAAGUCAUCAGUACUCUUCCCAGCUUUGGAAGCUAUUGCGCUUUCACCUCUAUCGACAUAAUCAUUUGCUUCGAUGCCCUUUUAUCGAAGCACAGCGUUCUUCUCUAUCGAGCACUUAAUGUGCUCGAUGCAGAGAAACAUUUUUACUUCCCGCUUUUCUAUAUCUGGAGCCACAGGGCGGAAACCUUGGUGAAACAUACCAUAACGACAACGAAGUACCAUAACUCUGACAUGCUCCGAAACAUCGAAUGGGAGACGAUACCAGACCUGGAAGUCCAGAUUCUCGUAAGGCUCCUUAUUUUUGGAUGUGUGCAUGUAGCCAGAGUAUUGCUAGAAAGAAUGGAGCCCCGGAAAACUUUUCAGGUCUAUCUUGACUUCAGAUACUACUCCUCCCACAUCCGAGGAGUUGUGUUGGAAUCGGAAUGGCAUUAUCAAGGAUCUCUAACCGACUGUUUUGCGGCCUUGUUCCCUGCCACGACCAUGUAUAGCUACUGGUCUGGCAACAUCAAGGUGUUCAAGUUACUGAUCGAGGCUGGUGCCGGGAAUUUUGACCCACAGGGCGCUCUUAUUCCUUUCGGCCCUUUGCACCAACACAACCGCUAUUGUGGCGAUUGGUGUGUGUUAAAGAAGCUCUUAAGUCUCGGGGCAAAUCCUGACGCCAGUGGAUGCUACAUUACCCCAUUGCAAAUCGCUGUGGCAACUUUCGAUGAAGAGGGCGUCCUGGCCUUGCUGCAAGCAGGGGCAAAUCCGAAUGCUGAGGGGUGCGCUGCUGCUUCUGCAUGGCCAGAUGAUACACUCCUGUUCGACUUCAAUUGUCUCAACGGGUGGCGACCUUCACAAAUUUCUAAACUGAUUCCUGAUCCUGAAGGAAUGUUCCGCAACUUACGGGAUUGGUCAUUAUCAAACGAGGAAUAUGCCAACGGAGAAGCGGAGACCAUUCAGGCAUCGAUUGGAGCCAUCUUGCUUGAGUAUGGCGCAGAGAUAUAA